AUGAAAUUCGCUGACACGAACAAGACAAACAGCAGCAGCAUUGCGUCGAAGAGAAGCGUUGAGCGCCUGUACUACCCCAAUGAACCACACUUUUUCCGCUUCUUCGUCAAGAAGCCCCAGAGAAGAGCCCCUCUGAUCAACCGCGGCUACUGGCUUCGACUCCGCGCCAUCGAUGUCAUAAUCAGCGAUGGUUCUCUCUUUGUGGACAUCGACUACCCGCACCUCAUGCGCAAGAAGCGAGCCAUUGUUCUGCAGACCCCCCAGCUUCGAGAUCUCCUGGGCACUGGUGUCACGAUCAGCAAGGAUGACAAUGACCCUGUUCUUCUCGAGAGCGCCAAGUACUGCCAGCUGGCCUGUGACUUGCGUGAGCUCGAAGCACUGCGCCGGACGCUAGACUCUAUUUUACUCCUCAAGGACGCGGAAGUACUGUUCGUUGCCGAAGUAUCAAUCACCUACAUGGACACUGCCUCCGCUGAUGCUUUGAUCAAAUGGGCUAGUGGUAUUGGCCAAGAUCAUCCCUUCGCGAAGACAAUGUUGCGGCACUUCGAGAAGCUCAAUACCCCGAUCAAGUCGGUGCAACAAUACCCAACGGUUGACAGCCAGCGAGAACGCUUUAAAGACCGAGGCUGGGCUCAAGUAGACAUUUGGGACCUCUGGGAAGCCUGGUCAUCAUCAGUCUUCAUGACAAGCGCCGAACGGAUGGCACUGGACCAGGUUGAGCCAUUCGAUGAAUGGGAAGAGCUCAUGCUAUUUGGGCGCCACUACUCUGUGCUCCAUGCGCAGGCCUCGUCUACUGGUGUAGAGGACACGGCUAUGGAAAAGCAAGCUCCGGCACGCUCGGUAAACAAACAGACGAGGGAUGGCUUCUUCAAGGGGCUAUAUUGCGGCGGCUUGCGUCCUGAUGGUACCCUGAACCUGGACCGCUAUACCUGGGAACUGGAUAUCGCUAAGGAAGUGGUCGUGGCUCACGAGUGCUCUGACGAUACGGAAAAAAUGGACUUCAACUCCAAGAAUUUCCGGUACGUGACUGAUCAAUUCAAGAAAAUCAUCGAAAAGAUCCAGUCAGGAGGGAGGUUAUACAUCCGGUCGCUAUCUACCGACAACCCCACUGAUCAACCGGCCAACUUGGAGAAUGACUUUCCUUCUUUAGCAGAAGACUUUACCCUACCGGAAGAACUGGCUUUCGUCAAGGAGAACCUCUUCAGUUCCAUUCUCAGAAUAUCGGGUCGGGUGAACAUGUGGCUUCACUAUGAUGUCAUGGCCAACGUAUAUGCACAGGUACACGGCUCAAAGCCUACGCCGACGAGCGACUUGAGUGUCGCUGUGAAUAUCUUCUUCCGCGACUUGCAGGAUGGCUACUCUACCGGCAGAGACGUCUACGGCAACAGGGAUCUGGCGGGCUAUGAGAAGGGCAGACAGGAGGUGGCGAAGAUUGCCAAGAGCUUUGGGCAACUUCCAGCGGACAUUCGCAGGUUCUAUUUAGACAGGCUCGCGGACGAGUUGCGACAAGCCGCAGGAGGAGACGGACUGUAA